AUGAAGAAGCAGGUUCUGGUCUUAAGUUCGCUAGGUCGCAAUCAAAAGCUGCGCCGGAACGCCGGCCGCGGGACGGAGGACCGACACCUAGACGACGGCACAGAAGAGCGCCUGACCGAAAACACGACAAGAACCCGGAGGACGCCGUCCGCAGAGGUCAGAGUUCAGCCGGCGGGCGAAGUACACACGAUGAAGCGAGGUUCUGUGUGGUUGCCUCUCGCAGCCGUGUACUCCGUAGAGAUCAAAGUGGAGCGGGACCGGACCACGGGACAAACGCGCGUCCUCUCUUCGCAGACCAAGCUUCCUGUCGACUGCUCUCGUGGAGGGGUCAAAGUUUACGAGGAUGAGCAGAAAGUGGUCCACGAGGUCAACGGCCAGGACGGCGUCCAUCUGCUCAGCGCCGCCGAGGUGGACGAGCUCAUCCUUAAAGCCGAUCAGGCGGACGUGACGGCGAGCGUAGAUGAGGCGACCGAGUCACGCUCGGGCCACAAAUUCUUGGCGGCGAGCGCGGACGAGGCAGCGGCUCGAUCCCAGGGAGCGGCGGCGUUCACCGGGCCCGAGGCCUCGCCCCGGGAGCACUGCGGCCCCCGGGAGGAGGACGGCGCCCCCCGGGAGCCUGUCACCACGGUGUCUCCUGGGUACCGAAGCGUGCGGGACCGGGACGGCACCAGCGAGAUCCUGACUCUGCAGGGCGGCGCCGAGGCGGAGCCAGAGCCCGGGGCGGCGAAGGAACGUGAGGCCGCGGCGCCCCCGCCGACCGGCGCCCCGAUGCCACAGACGGACAAGCGGGAGUCAGCAGGGGGCGCUGCCGUGACCGCGCCCAAGGAGAAAAAAGCCUGUAAGUGCUGCAGCAUCAUGUGAACAUGCAAGGGGGCGCCAUAUGCUUGCAAAAGAGAACAAUCACUUCGUGAUCCAGCUGUCUCUCUUUUUCUUCUUUGGCGGCAUGUUUGCUUUGCUUUGAGCCUGCGGUGGGCAAAAUUUGACCCCGGUCGCAUGCACUUGUUGGUUGGGGGGGAAUGGCGUGGGCACGCCAUUCUUGAAAUGGGCACCAACCCUCUUCCAUUGUCACCAGAUUUGUUAGUUUUUCCUCAUAUCAGCUACAUGAAAUUAAUACAAUUUGUAAUCCAUUUUUAAAAUAUAAUUAUAUGACAUAUUUGACAUUUUUACUUUGUAUUUUUUGUUUCUACUCACUGAUUACAAAUGUCUGCUUUAAUGCUCAAAUGAGCAUCAAAGUUUGCCCACCCCUGAUAAUUAGCAUUAGCAUUUCAUCCAUGUAAGCGCUACCCUAACCCAGAAACAUGAAGUCGAUAUAAAUCAAACAUUGUCAUAUUAUCAGCCUCAAAUAUUAAUUGAAAAAAGUUAGCAUGUGUUAGGUUUUGAGCAUGGAACUCAUUUCCUGGACAUGAACACCAUCACUUCCUGUUUAUUGAUUCGUGUAACUGACACACAAACACACACACAGUACUGAUACGCAAACUAAUCAGAUGUUGGCUUGAAUAAAUGUUGACCCCAUGGCGAGAUAUUCAUCAAGAGGUGAAAGUUCAGCAAGGGCCGCUCAAGACCUGCUUUGAGAAGUUUGGUGUGGAAGAACACCUUAGCUUUUAGAUGAAUGAAUUACAAAAAUCCAUUUCAUUUGUACAUUGCAUCUUUUUUUAGUUUGUGUAUUUUUUCUGGAUCUAGUGUUUCCUUUUUCAAUGUAUAAUUUGGAUCCAAUUGAAUAUUGAAUUUGGAUCUUGUCUGUAUUGUAUUAUUUAUGAGUGAUAUUUUAUUAUGUUUAUUUAAAAAUGUUGUGCUCAUGAUACAUACAUUUACUUCAAUGUAUUAAUGUGAAAAAGAAGCCAAUAAAAAAAGCGUAGUCCGUCUUCUCCUGAAGGUGGUCGCGGACGACAUACA